AUGGGUUCUAAUUACAAAAUUGCCAUCACUUUCUCUCUAGUGUUAACCUUCCUUGUACUGUUACCCAUACUCACAGUGGGAGAGCUUGUACAAGAACAACCUCUAGUUCUCAAAUACCAUAACGGCCAACUCCUUAAAGGACGCAUCACCGUUAAUCUCAUUUGGUACGGUACAUUCACCCCCAUCCAACGAUCAAUAAUCGUUGAUUUCAUUAACUCAGUUAGCACCACCGGUGCUCCUCUACCUUCAGCUGCAGCGUGGUGGAAGACCACCGAGAAAUACAAGGUUGGAUCGUCUACGCUAAUCGUAGGGAAACAGUUCCUGCACCCUUCUUACACCCUCGGUAAGAAUCUAAAGGGAAAAGAUCUUCUCGCUUUAGCUACAAAAUUUAACGAACUCUCUUCCAUAACCGUUGUGCUUACCGCGAAAGAUGUUAACGUUGACGGUUUCUGUAUGAGUCGUUGUGGGACCCACGGUUCCGUCCAACGUGGCAACGGUGGUGCGAGAACUCCUUACAUAUGGGUUGGAAACGCUGAGACACUGUGUCCUGGACAAUGCGCGUGGCCUUUCCACCAGCCUAUUUACGGACCACAGACGUCACCGCUAGUGGCGCCUAACGGUGACGUAGGUGUUGACGGAAUGAUCAUCAACUUAGCCACGCUUUUGGCUGGUACUGUCACGAAUCCCUUUAACAACGGGUACUUCCAGGGACCGGCGACGGCGCCGCUUGAAGCUGUUACGGCUUGUACGGGGGUUUUCGGUAGUGGGGCCUACCCGGGUUAUGCUGGACGUGUUCUUGUUGAUCAAACUACUGGUUCGAGCUACAAUGCACACGGUGCUAACGGGAGAAGGUACCUUCUUCCCGCGAUGUGGGACCCGCAGACGUCGGCAUGCAGGACUCUUGUCUGA